CACAAAGGGAUGUACGGUGUAAACGGCAAAUUAUCACGCUCAUUGCUAAAUUUGUUUCGUAAUUAGUUUUUUCCGCAAAUUAUCUAACUUUCGACAAUUAGAAAAUUCCUUCACUCAGUGUGGGACUAUCUUAUCUCCAGUGAUAACACAAAGUGGAUCAAGUGAUUAGAAAAAAAGUAAGCCCUUUGAUCACGGGUUUGUUCAAUCAAGGAAGCUGUGGGAUUGUUUAACCUAGUGCGCUGAAUUAUCCACAGAGCGCGCGCGCAACACAUGUCAAUCCUCCAUAUUUGAUGAUAGUGGUUUCCCAAAAACGUCUAUCAGUGGAGAAAGUUUGAAAAAAUAGAAACAUUCCUCCAACUUGCCCGAAAUAAUGUGUUACAAACUGUAUUUAGUGAUAAAGUGAUGUGAGAUGUGGUGAAGGCCAGGCCACCAGCCUUAUUUUAUUUAUUUAUUGUCAGUAGUUUGUAGUUCAAGAAGCAUGCCGGGGCCGCCGCCACCGCCGCCCCCUGGCAUGAUGCCGCCGCCGCCGCCGGCCCCGACAUCCUUCCCCAAGGCGGGAAAGCCGGACGAUCGGGCGGCGCUGCUAAAGUCGAUCCAGAAAGGCACCAGGUUGAAGAAAACGGUGACGAAUGACCGAAGUGCACCGGUGAUAGGGGGGAAAACGAGCAAUUCGAACAGUUCGAGUCCGUCAGGGGGCACCCCAGCGUCGACGCCGAAUGGGCUAAAUUUAGGCGGCUUGUUCGCUGGAGGCAUGCCCAAGCUGAAGCCGACAGGGAAACUGCCAGCGAAUAAUGUUAACAAUGGGAAAGUGGGGCUUCCGGUCAAGAAUUCGAGUAGUUUGCAGAAUGAGCUGAAAAAGCAAAUGGCAAGUGAUAACAAAAACCGGGGGCCGCCACCACCGGCUCCGGUCAGAAAUACGCCCGAGGAAAACGGUACACGUCAACUGUCUGCAUUAAAAGUCGGCUCAACGAACGGUUUACACCUAAAUCAAAGUUCUCUCCACUCAAACCUCCAACAACAAAACAGCACUCUCCAUCGAAAAGUCAAAAGUAACGCCAACCUAAGCACAUUAGAUAGUCCCGACUCGAUAAACGGUUUCAACCAAACCAGCAAACCUGUGAUCAGUCACGGAAAACCAAACCUAGCUCCAAAACCGCCAGUACUCAACGCCAAACCAGUGGCCCCACCGAAGAAACUCGUCAUCAACGGCAAGCCCGUCGGCCGCGCCCACAGCAUGCGCAGCCCCCGGACGCCCUCGCCCCAGAGCCCCGACGCCAACGUCGCCAUGAAGUUCGGCACAGUUCGCAACCUGUCGUCCGUCAUCGGCCAAUCUCUGGCUAACUCCACCGGAAACCUAAGUCCCAGGCAAAGGCCGGCGCUCAACGGCCGGCCGAACGCCCCCCCACCCUCCAUACCGUCGCAACAACCGCCCCCACCUCCUCCCCAUGGCAACCACCUGCCGCCGCCACCGUCGAAAACCGGUUCGGUUAAACCGCCGAACCAUGCGCCGCCCCCACCUCCUUCCGUGUUACCUCAACCGCCCAACCAUACGCCGCCGCUGCCGCCCCAUCGGAUGGUGCCGUCGAGGGCGCCGCCGGCGGUGCCGAACAAUUUUGCGCCGCCGCCACCACCGAGAAAUUCGUCGAUGACGUCAAAUAGGAAGAUUGUGAUGGAUUUGGAAGAGAAAUAUAAGCAUAUGUUUAAUGACCCCAGUACUUUUCCCAAACCGCCGCCCUAUAGGAAUGUUUUUAAAUUUUACGGAAGCAAGCAAGGCUCCAGUUGCUAAACGGACUUGCAGCUGCAUGUUCACCAUUGCCAUUGCAUGAAUUCAGUCGACUACUAACAACAUUAUUUACUGGUGACUUUUGUUUAAUUCGAACACUUUUUUAUUUUUCUGUAAAUACGUUUCAUUUUCUUAUUUCCAUAAUGUUACUUAAUGGGAAUGUUUUGUUUGUGUUGUUUUGUGCAAUAGUUGUAUAUUGCUUCCUACGCUAACAUAAGCUUAUUGCGUAAAAUGUGGCAAAUGUGAUUUUGUCGCUUUUUGCCGAAAAAUAACGUUGUGAAUUAUUGUAGCUGCUAGCAAACAACAGGCGCCACAACCGCCCAACUUGCAAGCAACAACUCGAACUUGGGACGCCUCAUCGGCCUGCUAGCACCAAAUUUCCUAAAAAAUUAUUGUUGCUCAAGUGUGUGCAAUUGUCAUAUCAGUAAUUCGUUUCCGGUGGACUCCAAAAUAUAGCUUUAUAUAUUAUAAUAAAAUUACGACUGGAUUGUUGAACAAAGUGCUUUAUGUUUGAACAGGCAAGCUGUUGAUAUGUUGCGAAAUGAUUGAACAAUAUUGUUAGUCUCGUUGGCUGUGGAUUUUUCUGUAGGGUGAUUUUUGUUUUUCAUUUUCCAUUGUCGAGAGUUGUAGCAAGACUGCCUAGAACGAAUGAGAUAUUUUUCUAGCAGUAUUUCGAAUUGGAAGAAUUACCACGUAUUGAAGACUUGACCGUACCUCCAUUUACGUUUUCUAAGUGGUCAGGGAUUCACUUUGAUCGCAAAUUCAAAUAAAGGCACCGUAUUAGUCAAGUGACCGGUUUAAUGUAUUUUUUAUUAGUCAUUUAUUUGUUUAAAGUAACACUUGUUAUAGUUUUCACGUAUCUGUUAAUAAUUUAAAAAACCAAAUCUAAUAUAGUAGGGUUUAAAUCUAAUAAACACUAAAUUAGGUACUUAUAUCCUUAAGUAUUGUGCUACUUUUGAGGCGAAUAUGACCGACGUUCAAACAUAUUUGCUCUUUUAGCAUUUCAUUUUUUAUUAAUUUAUUUAUCGUUUGUAUUUUAUUUGUAGCCUUAUCUUCUUAUUAGUAUUUUUUAUUAUUUCGUAUUUUACAUACUUUUCUCUAGAUUUUAAAAUUGUUAUUGCUAGUCACAAUAAUAUCUUCCAUUAGCAAAUAUUUCAGUCAGUGCCUAAAUAAUCUUUAAAUGUAUAUACAGUUGUAAAUAUAAUGUACAAAAUUAUAAUAAAAGAGUAAUAUUCUA